UACUUUAAUAGCCAAUCCAAUCCAUUUCUGCGCGAGGUAGUUGCCGAUAGUUGUAUACUUCGUGUGUUUUAUAUAUUGCAGUGAGUUCAGUUUGUGAGCAUGCACGCUUUAAGUCGUGUUGCCGGGUCUCGCAGGCUGCUGCGAAGCGUCGUAACAGCGUCAGUCCAAGGCAGAUACGCGCAUACACCUCUGAACACAGUGAUCAUGUUCGUUCCUCAGCAGCAAGCAUGGGUGGUUGAAAGGAUGGGGAAAUUCUUCCGCAUCCUAGAACCUGGCUUCAACCUUCUGCUUCCAAUCGUAGACAAAGUUCGCUAUGUGCAGAGUCUUAAGGAGCUGGCCAUCGAUAUUCCUCAGCAGUCGGCGAUUACACUGGACAACGUGACGCUCAAUAUCGACGGAGUGCUGUACCUCAAAGUGGUCGACCCAUAUCGCGCAAGCUACGGUGUCGAAGACCCGGAGUUCGCCAUAACUCAACUUGCUAUGACGACAAUGCGAUCUGAACUCGGAAAAAUAGCGCUGGAUAGCGUUUUCAAAGAAAGGGAAUCGCUCAACUUUGCUAUAGUGGAGUCGAUCAACAAAGCUAGUGGCGCUUGGGGCAUAGUCUGCUUGCGGUACGAAAUUCGAGAUAUUCGUCUGCCUCAAAGGGUACACGAAGCUAUGCAGAUGCAAGUGGAAGCGGAGAGGAAAAAACGUGCCGCGGUCUUAGAGUCUGAAGGGAUACGUGAAGCGGAUAUAAAUGUUGCAGAAGGCAAACGAAGAGCCCGAAUUUUAGCAUCAGAGGCUGAAAAAAUGGAGCUCAUCAACAAGGCUCAGGGAGAAGCCAAUGCCACAAUCGCCAAGGCAGAGGCCAAGGCGAAAGCACUGGGGACAAUCGCACUCUCCUUGGCAAAGUCGCAUGGUGGCAACGCAGCUUCACUCAUUGUAGCCGAGAACUAUGUCAGCGCCUUCAGAAGUUUAGCCAAAGAAGGAAAUACAAUUAUUCUGCCCUCAAACACUGCUGAUGUGUCCUCAUGGGUUGCACAAGCUAUGGCAAUUUACAAAAACCUGGCACCCAACUCACAAAGUGUGAGUGAAGCACAACUCGCAGCUGGUGACACGGAGGAGCUAGCCGAAUACAUGAGUGAUGAAGAGGACAGGAAAAAGGCCACCACUAAAACUGAGCCUCCUAAGACAACACCUUGAACUUGUUGACCUGUUUAGAUAAAUAAAUAAGACUGUUUACUCA